AAACACUGCUGAUUAUGCUCAACUCUGUGUUUUUCCCUUUUAACAACAGGGAAUAACAAUUUACAGGACAACUUUAGGCACAUUAUUGCGAGUGCAUGCUUAGGUAGGUACAAUGUGAGGUGCUUUUGACUUACUCAUUCCAUAAUUGGUAAUUAAAUGGCUUCAUGUUUCCAAUGAAUUCCGGUCUAUUGUAUCAUUAUGCUGUUUUCUUUUGUAAAUGUAAUGUGGAAGGUUUCUCCACCAGUGACAUGGAUAUCUGGGUGAAAGUUGAAUCCUUUUCAGUUAGGUAAGUUACAAGUCGUCAUUGGAGGAUCAUAGUCCAUGGCUACCGUGAUGAAAUAUGCAGGUAAUUCUAGUUAUCCAAAGUCCAUCACUUAUUUCAAUACAAUAACAGUACAGAGUGAGUAAGACAUUGGUUAUUCUACAUACAUGACUGCGAAUGACUUUAUGCAGUGAUGGGUUGAUUGUUGAACACUUUGCAUACAUUAACGUACUCUGUGCGCUCACACAUGUCCAAGAAUUUAUGGCUGUAGAAAAUAUUACUAAAACUCUGGAUGUGAAUGACUGGACAGCUCUAUACACAUCAUAUCAUGGUAAGCUAGCCCUACAUCAUCUGUUUCAUUUGAAUGUGGAGCAAAGGCUAAUAAUCUUAUCUGCGUUAUUGUACACAGAUAUGCAGAUGUGUACAUGCAGGUCAAAGGUUUCCAUGAAAGAUGAAAAGCGCUAAUUGUGUUGAACAUGUAUUUUUUUUCCAAAUAAAGUAAAAUGUUUGCACCUGAUGCAGGUUACUUAUAUAAAUAUAUGAAUACAAAAAGCAUCUUUGUGGGCCAUAGCAGCUUACUGAUAAAACAGACAUUUAUUAAUGCAGAUUAGUUAGUUGUGGACCAUACAGACCAUGACCAUAGUCUUAUUUUGUUUUCCACAAGAUUGCAAGACAUUAUCAACAAGUAAACACAAACGGACAACAGCAAUAAUCUUCAAUAUGUGUUUGUCAAAUAGGUUCAUUUACAAGUGAGGUUGAAAGUUGCAGGUGGCUUGCAUAAACGCAGGUACUAUAUCUGAGCAGAUACAGUAUCUGAGCUGUGAAUUCAGCAGCUGCUGUGACGCACAUAGCGCUAAGUAGACUCCUCUAAAGCAAAGCUGUGCUGAUGUACAUUGGGAGCCAAAUCAUCAAUCAGUUUCAUGGUAGGAUCGAGAAGAACAAAUGCAGUAAUGUGAUCUGGCAGCACUAGGCAGCCAUACUCUCUGUUUUCCCUGCUGCGUUCCACCAUCAACUAAGUCGCUUUCCCUGUCCCUGUCCCUGUCACUGUCACCUUACCUCACGAGCUUCAUUAAUCAUUUAGCAAGUAAUUGAAAGUUAUGUAGACUAACUAGCCUGCUACUUACCUUGCAGCUCGAUCUACCAACAGGCAGAUCAGGUUAUGUGUGCAAAACUACAGCAGACAGGAAAGGUUUGUUAAGAUGGUAAGUUAGCUACAGCAUCUCACUAACUACUUUCUUGGCUAUGGCCAAAACAACGCAGACAACCAAAGGGCUAUUUACAGAUCCUGGAUGAAGAAAUACAAAUUUCUCCCUGAGUCCCUGGAAUAGAGUUGGGUUUCUCGUUCACCUGCCCUGUACUUCAGGUAGAGUAGGUGGACAUACUAACAAUGCAAAGUACAUGCAGAUGCAAAAGAGUCCGAUGUGUGUGGUGGCUGUUGGCUUCUGUGCUGCUAACAACUGCAAAUGGAAACAACUUCAGUCAAAAUAACCAGGAGAAGCUGCCCUGCAAGCCAGGUUUCUACUGCCCAGAGGGGAGCUUCACUCCAGUGCCCUGUCCGAAGGGAACCUAUGGGCCGACUGCUGGUGCUCUGUCCUUAGACAGCUGUCUAAAGUGUCCUCCUCACCACUACUGUCCACGACCAGGCUUGUCUGCCUUUCUGCUCUGUGGUCCCGUGGCUCAGCAGCCUCUCUCUGGCCAGGACACCUGCAUUUGCCCAGGGGAGGGACAGAGUUUUCAGACCAGUGAUGGGCGGUGCCACUGUACCAUCGGCUACCAAACUGCCAAGAACGGAGAUGUGUGUGUACACAAACUGUACGAUGUCUGCAGAGAUGGAAAAGCACGUACACAGUAUGGCGACUGUCUGGACACACAUCAGUGGUCCCUUCAUUGUAGGCAGCAGGUGUGUCAAUCUGCAGAGGACUAUCGGGGUUAUGAUGGAGAGCUGGGUCUGUGUCUUUGCAGAGAGCCUCCUGGAAGAGCUGUGUGUGGAGGCCUGUGCAGGAGCAGGCCGGCUGCUGAGCUGCACCUCCGGUGCCUUUCAGGUGGAGAUGUGGAACUGAUGUGGAGCUACGACAGCAAGGUGGCGGUCGUCUCAGGCAGCGUGCUGGAGACGGUUUUUAAACAGUGGGACUCCCAAGGGACUCUGCAGUGCAACAGUCAUCUCUACUCCCCGCGUCCUGUCUACAUUGUUCUGACAACAGACGCAGGCUUCCUUGGCGUCCUCAGCGGCCUGCCAAAGGAGCUUCAGCAACUGUUUCCUGUCACCACGCCAUGGGACUCCCAUAGCUCAGCUGAGGAAGAUUCUGACUUUCUGUGGGAGGUCACCAAAGUCGGAAAUAUAAGUCAUGGCGGGAGAGAAAUUGACUCCAGCAGGACGGGGGGAAACAAGAUUGAUAUGAAGGAGGAAGUGAGAAGUGUAACUGGAGUUCUGAACCCAACAACAUGUCUCCAUUUGGGUGAUGUUAUACUGUUCACUGUCGACACGCGUCACUAUCCUCAGUAUGAUCUUGACAGUCUGUACAACACAAACAGUGACUUUGACUGGGGUGCGUUCAGACAGCUGAAAGAGGAGCUGACUCUGUCUUGGACUCCUCCCAGCUUCUUUUCAGUGGUCUUUAGCCAGCCUGGUGUGUAUGUUUUUACACUGAGCAGCCAUCAGCACAAACACUUGUAUGUGCGGGUGAUGCCUGCAGGGGCCCAGUGUUAUGAGCCCGGCCCCUUCUUCCCCACCAUUCCUCGUCAUGUGACCAGGAUGGGGAUCAGUAGAAGACGCAACUUGUUAAUUCGGCCAGAUUGGUUGGUGACUGGAGGAUUGCUAUUUGGAGCUGUGGUCAUCCUCUGUUUAUGUGUUACCGUGCUGAUCCUGUUUUGUGAAUAUGGAUGGCCAGAGAAGAAGCCAAUCAGAGCGAGGUAUCGCUUGUCGCAGUUGGCCUACCACAUGGACGACUACUCGUCAAAAGGUUCGAGGGUGAUCUCGCUUAGGAAGACUCACCGAAACCAACAAGCCAGAAUGACACAAGACUCCAUUCAAGCAGUCUGUGCUGACACCUUGGGGGAGUUCUGGGAUUAUGAACACCAGGUGGACCUUGAGGCAUUCAGCAGCAACACCUUCUACAAUCUCCUGCUCAAACAGAGCCUGUCUGUCACCCAACGCCUGGGACAGCUCACCACUGAGGUAAAGGAGCUAUACCAGGGAGUGCUCGGGAAACUGCGGCUACUCCAACCACGCCUGAUCACUGAGGAGAGGAUGGGGAGGGCUAUGAGAGGAUGAGGAGGGAGGUGGAGAAGGAGGUGGUGCGACGAAAGACUCUGGCUUCACAGCUGAGGACUCUGCUCGACAGUCAGCUACAGGUUUACAUUACAUUCCCAUCUGGACAUCUUUCUAAAAAUUAGAAAAACCCUCGAUCCCAUUCUAAAUUCUAAAACUCAACCUAAAUCUAUUCCAGUGACAAGGACGGUGAAAGUUAAAGAUAAGGUGUAUUAUGUGGUCUAGACAGAUUUUAAAGAGAGAACAAUCUGUCUUGGGCUGCAACUAAUGAUUAUAUUCAUUGUCAGUACUCUGCAAGUAUUAAUCGAUUAAUCAUUAAUAGUGAAAAAUGCCCAUCACCAUUUCUUAAAGCCGAAGAGAACUCAAAGAUAUUCACUUUACUUUCACGUGUUCAGACAGACGAAGACAAAGGCAAGACAAAGAAAAGCAGCAAAUCCUUACAUUUGAUAAUCUGGAAUAGGAGAAUGUUUAGCAUUUUUGCCUGAAAAGUGACUCAGAUGAUUAAUUAACUAUGUUAGUACGUUAGAUCAAGAAUGACUGUUUUGCUGUUCUUCUCCAGGUACUGAGGCAAGAGAAAAAGGCCCAGCAGAGGGUCCACAGUGUCUUUACAACUCAUCUCAGAGAGUGCACCAGAUUACUUUGCAACGUUU